AUGGAUGAGAGUGCUGAAUCACGGCACCCUGCAGGCCAUCAGGGGCCUUCUAGCUGCCCAGAUGAUGUCAUUGGAGCAGCACCCAUCCUCCAAUCGGUGCCCACCUUUCUGCAGCACACAGUCACCUUCCUGCCAUACUACCUGCACUCUCCGGGAAUGGCGGCCGGCUACAUCCUGUCCUACCUGCUGGUGCUGCUGCUGUGUGUGGGGGGGAAUGGCCUGGUCUGUCUGGUCGUCCUCCGCAACCGCAACAUGCGCUCCGUCACCAACCUCUUCAUCCUCAACCUGGCCAUCAGCGACCUGCUGGUGGGGGUCUUCUGCGUGCCCACCACCCUGAUCGACAGCCUCAUCACAGGUUGGCCAUUCAGCCAGUUUACCUGCACCAUGAGCAACCUGAUCCAGGGCAUGUCGGUCUCCGCCUCUGUCUUCACACUGGUUGCCAUAGCAGUGGACAGGUUCCUGGGCAUAGUAUACCCUUUCAGGCACAGGAUGAAGCCUGUCACUGCCCUGCUGGCCAUCAUGUUCAUCUGGAUGCUGGCCUUCGCCAUCAUCUGCCCCUCGGCCGCCACGCUGACCGUCAUGCACCUGCACGACACCUACAUGGUGGAGGCCAACCAGACGUACCCGCUGUUCGUGUGCUACGAGGACUGGCCCCGCCCGGAGCUGCGCAGGAUCUACACCACCUUCAUCUUCGUGCAGGUGUACCUGGCGCCGCUGGCCGUCAUCAGCCUCAUGUACGGCUGCAUCGCCGCCAAGCUGUCCGCCAACCUGCGGCAGGUUGGCAUGGCGGAGAGCGGCCGCGCCCACUCCCGCAGGAAGGUCAAGGUCAUCAAGAUGCUGAUCAUGGUGGCGGUGCUCUUCAUGGUGUCCUGGCUGCCGCUGUGGACGCUGAUGCUGCUGGCCGACUACCGGGACCUGGACCGGCAGCAGAUCGACUUCCUGAGCAGCUACCUGUUUCCCGUGGCACACUGGCUGGCCUUCUCCAACAGCGGCAUUAACCCCAUCAUCUACGGCUUCUUCAACGAGAACUUCCGCCGCGGCUUCCAGGCCACCAUGUUCUGCGGGGGGUGCGCCCCCGACAUGGCGGUCCAGCACGGCCGCUGCAUCCUGCCCACCAACAAGGUGUCCAACAAGAACCCGGCCCCGCCUGCCGACGCCACCCGCCAGGGUCAGCGCUGCACGGGCCUCCCCCAGGCCACGCCCGAAGGCAUCCAGGGGAUCCUGCUGGAGGGUGUCAACCGGACCGCGGCCCCCAACCGCGUCACCGGCGCCUGGGAGGAGUGA